CCCAUUAUUUUCAGCUCUGAAAAGAUGGCACCAUUCGUCCGUUCUGACUACCUUUUCAUUGUCGUUACCUUAUCCUUUUCCGUCAGUUGUUGUUUUCCGGCCUCAGCUUCUACCGUCAAAGCAGCUUACUGGCCUUCAUGGUCAUCGUCUCCACCCUCAGCCAUCGAUACUUCACUCUUCACACACAUCUACUAUGCUUUUCUCAUGCCCAACAAUGUCACCUACAAUUUCGAGAUUUCCAAUUCCAAGGCUUUGAUACUCUCCAAUUUCACCACCACUCUCCACCACAAAGAGCCUCCCGUUAAGGCCCUCUUCUCCAUCGGUGGUGGAGACGCCGAUUCUUCCGUCUUUGCACGCAUGGCCUCCAGCCCAGUUACGCGUAAAGCUUACAUCAAUUCAACCUUGGAGGUGGCGCGGAAUCUCGGGUUUGACGGGAUGGAUCUCGAUUGGGAAUUUCCCGAGGACCCAAAGCAAAUGCUAGACUUGAGCGUACUAUUUGACGAGUGGCGGGAAGCAAUCGAGGCAGAGGCAAAGGCUACCAACCGCGCUCCUCUGCUGCUCACGGCGGCGGUGUAUUACUCCGUCGAUUUCCUCCAAUUCGGCGGCCGGCGUUCGUACCCGGUCCGGUCCAUUAAUCAAAAUCUGGAUUGGAUUAACGCUAUGUGCUAUGACUUUCAUGGAAGUUGGGAUACUUCAAAAACGGGGGCCCAUGCGGCCCUUUAUGACCCAAAUAGUAACAUAAGCACAAGUUACGGUCUAACUUCAUGGGUCAAGGCCGGGGUCUACCCUGAGAAGGUGGUUAUGGGCCUGCCGUUGUAUGGAAAGACUUGGAAACUCAAAGACCCAAAUCAGCAUACGAUCGGGUCCGAUGCCGUCGGUGUGGGCCCAGGGAAAGAUGGGGUGCUGACAUUUGCACAAGUGGAGAAAUUUAACACGAGGAACAACGCCACGGUGGCACAUGACAUGGUGUACGUAUCAGCAUAUUCCUUUGUGGGGACAUCUUGGAUUGGGUAUGAUGAUGCCACAUCAGCAACGAUCAAAGUGAAAUAUGCUUAUGCACUUGGGCUUCGUGGGUACUUCUUUUGGGCCGUCAGCUAUGACAGUGAAUGGGAGGUCUCUAGUGCAGCUUCAAGAGCUUGGACUCAAAAGGAAUGAAUAAGACAUGCUCAAUCACUUGGGCUGAGUGGAUUUUUCCCUUUCGCUCUAAGAUACGAGGGUGGAUGGGGUAUAUCUAGACAAGACAAUGUAUGUGUGUGUGUGUUUUUUUUUAACCUUCAAUUUGCUUAUCUUAUGUUCCAGUGUCUUUGAAUCUUUUUCUUUUGUAUAUAUGUUCCCAGAUUAGCCAAUAAAGUGUGGCUGAUUUU